AUGUCGGAUUUACAUCUUCAUCCUCAUCAACCUAACCUUUUGAGGAGUGCAUGGUCCAGGAUUGAAGACGCUCCUGAAUUGGUGACCAAUAUUCUUGGCCACUUAGAAAGACACGAGCAAGUUCCGGCAAGCCGCCUCAACAAGAAGCUUAACUUCAUAGCAACCGAGUUGAUAUGGUAUCGCGUGGACUGUAGAGUCUUUCUGUUCCUCACCAGAGGCAUUCUGUGGACCAAAGGCACCUAUAGACAGCGCAUGAUCAGACUCCUCCGAACUCCUACGAAAGCGGACUGGGCACGGUGGAAACCUCUUGCUGAGAUGACAAGAGAAUUCUCCGAUCAGUCCAUCGAAUCUGCUUAUGGUCUCGAGGAUCACGAUAUCUUCAGGCUUCUCGCCACUCGGCCGGAAAUGCACCUAUUCCCAAACUUAUCCAGGGCCUACAUCAUGGAGGCUCAUCUUUCGCCACUUUUCUUAUCGCCCACUAUUUCCGAGCUUCACCUCACCGUUAGCUUCGAGGAUCAGCACGGUCACGCUUCAUAUAUGGAAGACACUGCUCCGUGGAUAUCCGACUACAUUUCCAACCUGAAAGCAUUGCACAUCUAUCCAUGGCGCAUAUUGCCCACCUCCGACUCUCAUUCUCCUGCCACGGCCACCAUUCGUUCUAUUCUCCAUGGAGCUUGUAAAACUCUGACAGAGACAAGUUUCCCAGUGUACUACGCCGACUGGGGAAUGCUUCAAUCCCUCCUACAAUCCGAAAACCUCCGCUCGAUCCAGUCCAAUUAUCAUUCGCUGGCAGGCCCCGCAGAGCCUAUCCUAUACACCGGAUGUCAAGAUAUUCUACACUGGACCUACAGCGAGAUCCAUUUUCCGAUGAACUUAGCCCUUCCAUUCAAAAACCUCGUGGAUCUGGACAUUUCCUUUCCCUAUCCCAGUAUCGCCACACAACUCUUACGCGAGACUGUUCUUACCCAACUCGACUCUCUUACACUCCAUUUCACGGUCUUAAAGCCCGACAACCUUGGUGUUCCCUCUCCUGCUCAAUUCUCGCUUACACCCCUAUUCUACCGGAUAUACGACUCUGCCCCGCAAGUCCAGCAUCUGAAGAUAUUCAUGGUUCCAUCCCAGCGGAAGGGUUCUUCUAAUAUAAGGAACGUUCCCAUCGUCAACUGGAUCGACUUGUCUCCCAUAACCCUCCUCGUCGACCUCGUCUCCUUCGAAAUCACUCACGUCUAUCCAAUCGACAUAUCAUCCCAUCAUAUUGCCAAGAUCACCCGUGGACUCCCAUCCUUGACAAGAUUUAUCCUCAAUCCCCACCCUGUGAUCAUACGCAGUACUUCGUAUGGUCUCGACGUAUUAUUUGCAAUGGCAGCAUGGGGAAAAAAACUCAAAGAGGUGGGAAUAUUCAUGAACUACCACGAGACGAUGCCGUCCAUUCAAGAAGGUGUCUUCUUCGACCUACUUCGCACUUUAUAUGUCGGCCUUUCCUUCACGCCUGAAGAUGAUACGAUAUAUAAUGCAACAUGUCACGCAUUAUAUUAUCUCCUACCUCCCAGCGCCAAGAUCAAGACAUGUCCCUCCUCCCUUGCACCAUUCCGUCCUGUCUCGACAUUUUUUGAGGACAAUGAUGGAUCACUCUCCGAAUUCUCAGACACCUGUCUUGAAGACCUGCAAGAUGCAUGGGUAGGGGUAAGAGGGGCCAUGAAACAGAUUCACGAGACUGUUAUCCUCGUUCAUGGGAGUCGGAUGGUGAGAAGGGAAGACAUGGAGGCCAAUGGAAUCCUAUCUUGA